AAAUUAACUUCAGGAUGGACGUCCCGAUUAUCAGAACUACAAAUACCAGUGACCCAGAACAUGACCUUGGUGACGGUGUUGGCAGACGCCUUCGAAAUCAGGCAGUGGAAUGCCGACGGCUUGCCGAAAGAUCAGGUCUCGAUUGAAAACGCCAUCCUCGUCAUCAGGGGUAGGAGAUGGCCCCUCAUGAUUGACCCCCAGGAACAGGUAGAGCCAAACCGUUAUAUUGCACUCGGGAGUUAUUUUUCAUUCAUAUCUGAAAAAAAUAGAGACCGUAAUAUGAACACAGUGACAUUGUUUUAAUGGUAAUAAUGUUUAAGAAUAUUUAAGGUGCCCCUCUAAACUUUAAGUAAAAUAUUCAUGUUUUAUUGAAUAGCAACAGAAGAAUCCCACCACCACCCCCCCCCCCCUUUUAUCCACAUGACGACACUAAUCUCACGCGGAGUUGCGUGUUUGAAUAGUUAAUCUCUUGUGGCGUAACUCUAAACAAUCAACUCUAACGUAUAAAUAUCAUCUAUUUAGUGACUGAACGAUUCUUUUCAAGGCGGGGAUUGCUGAAUCAGGUUCUAUUUUUAUGGAACUACUAUAAUGUGGGCAAAGUGUUCACAGUCAAUACUAAGACGGACCACGUCAAUUAUUAUUUUAAAUUCGUUUGAUCCAACAAGAAAAAUUCACUGGCAAUAUAACCUGAGAAUACGCGUUGCUUUGGAAUGUUCGUGUGAUACAUUAACGGGAAAUGGUUCAUGUUCUAGCCUCAACAAACAUACCUCAACAAACACACCUCAACAAACACACCUCAACAAACACACCUCUGACCUCUGUCUGCUUUUAACCUCAACAAACACACCUCUGGCCUCCGUCUACUCCAGGCCAACAGGUGGAUACGAAACAAAGAGUUGGUGCACAAACUGAAAGUUGUCAAGAUGACGGACGCCAACUUCCUGCGCACGCUCGAGGCCUGCAUACGGACGGGAAUUCCCGUUCUCAUGGAGGACGUCGGGGAGGUGCUGGACCCUGCGCUGGAGCCAAUUUUGCUCAAACAAACAUUCAUACAGGUUUGUGGUUUUGUUUUGAUCUAGUUAUCUUUUUUGUUUCUUUUGUUUGUUGUUUUUCAGCUUGAUUUUCUUCAUUUUAAAGUUAGAUGAGCUGGUAAGCCUAAAAUAGCUACCAUGUUUCACCUGUGUCUUACAAAUAUGCUGGAAUUGUAAGGAGGUAGGUGACGUCAGUACUAAACUGUCCGUUGGACAACAACAUCAACACAUUGUUAUACUGGCGGGAAAAUAAAUAACCUAAUUCAGGUCUUUGAGAUAAAGACAGAUUUCUCUAUUAAGAUUUCUCAACACAGAUAUCUGAAGAGUGGCAUGGGGUGGGGGGGGUGGGGAUUCCCCUGCUGGCCCUUGAUUGGGAAGAUAUUUCCGAUGCAAAGCAUAUUUUACAGGGCUUGCUUUGCAUGCGCCGUCUUGUUGGUAUUCGUUACAUUGGGCGCGGCAAAGUCACUGUCCGACCGACCCGGCUGUCACAAACUCCAACUACUCCCCCCCCCCUGUAUCUCAACAGUAUUUUUCCAAUUAUGUCUUGUUUGUGAUUGUGUCUUUGGCCCCUUCAAAGAAAAAACUACAUCGACGGAAACAUAUCCUAUAUCAAAUCAUUGUUGUCUCCGACAGGGAGGCAGACUGCUGAUACGGCUGGGAGACAGCGACAUCGACUACGACAAAAACUUCAAGUUCUACCUCACCACGAAACUGUCCAACCCGCAUUACCUGCCGGAAGUGUGCAUCAAGGUCACGAUAAUAAACUUCACGGUCACCAAGAAAGGGUUGGAGGAUCAGCUGCUUGGGUAG